GGAGCGACUGUAACAACUUUAUUUAACGAUGUUCUUUCGGAGAGAAAAUUGCUAACAUUUAAUCUGUACUUCUAUUACGUUUCUAGUCUUAAACCUCUAAAGCACUGGCGUCAUUAUGAAAGUCGUAGCUCUUGCCCUGACCCUCCUCUUGGCUUUGGGCUGUCAUGCCCGCACCCUGCAGGCCGAUGCUCCCACCCAGCUGGAACACUACAAGGCAGCUGCCUUGGUCUACCUGACCCAGGUGAAGGACCAGGCCUACAAGGCUCUAGAGAACCUGGAUGGAGGCGAAUAUGAGCAGUACAAGCUGAAGCUGACACAGAGCCUUGACAACCUGCAGAAAUAUGCUGAUUCCACCUCCACCCCCCUGAAACCCUUUGCCAACCAGUUGGUUGAAGGAACCCAGGCUGUGCACAAUUACUUCCUAAAAGAACUGGAUGACCUUCAUGCCAAAGUGGAGCCACACCGUGCUGAGCUGCGCCAAGCCAUCGAGAAGCACCUGGACGAGUAUGGCGAGCGUCUCAUCCCCAUCUUCCGUGACUACAUGGUUGAUAAUCAGAAGGAGAUCAAUGCUCUUCGCCAGAAGCUUCAGCCUGCCCUCGAUGACCUGAAGGCCAAAGUGGACACCAACAUUGAGGAGACCAAGACCAAGCUUGCCCCUAUUGUCGAGGCUGUGCGUGGAAAGCUCACAGAAAGGCUACAGAACCUGAAGGACCUGGCCAGCCCCGUGGCUGAUGAAUACAAGGAGCACAUGCUGAAGGCCAUCGAGGAUGUCAAGGGAAAGCUGGCACCCCACACCACCCAGCUCCAAGGCCAAAUCGAGCCCUAUAUGGAGACCCUGAGAGCCAAAUUCCAGUCUUUCUAUGAGUCCGUCGCCCAGGCCAUUCAGGCCUAAACACAGCUUCUGCCAGGACUCGCAUUCUCACACUCGCACAUGAACGUAUUCAUGCAUGAGAUUGUAUGUCAGCUCCAACAUCCGUGUGAUAUAAUGAUGCAAAAUAAAAUAUGUAUUUAACCCUUGUGCA